AUGUACUUCGACGACUCACAGUCACAGCAUCUCCUCCGAGACUACAAUGAAAAUGAAGAAGAAGAAGCUUCGAAUUCGGUUGUGUCACCGAGAACGUGCUCAGAGGGCCACAGAUCCACGCUCUUGCUCCGAACCAAGCAAGGCGGCUCUAUCUGCUUGCUCUGCUUCUCCAACCUCGUCUCCAACCCCGAAUCCCCCACCGUCCACGUGUCCUACGCCCUCUCUCAGCUCUCUCAGGCCAUCUCCUCCGACCCCCCCUUCCUCCGCUCUCUUGUCGACUUCCAUCCUCACUUCCUCGUCUCGCCUCUCGUUCAUGCUCUCUCUUCCUUCGACGACGACCCCAUCGCACGACAAGUCGUCCAUCUCAUUUCCGUUCUCUGCGAAUCUUCCGGUGCCUCGAUCUCUGCUGACUUCGUCGCUAGGGUUUCCGACCGCCUCUCUUCUGGUGCCUUGGCCUGGAGUCGCCGUCAGCUUUAUACGCUUCACUGCUUAGGGGUUUUGUUAAACUGCCAGAAGAAUAAUCCUUAUGCUCACAUUAGAGACAAAUAUGGUCUCAUUACCAAUCUUGUUGAAGGUCUUCAAUUGCCAAGUGAAGAGAUUCGGGGAGAAAUCCUGUUUGUUUUAUACAAGGUAUCUGUUCUCCAAUACGCAUCAGAGGUUGGUGAUGGAACUGAUUUUUUAUUUGCCUUUUGCCCCAAGCUAUUGCGCUUGUCUCUAGAGGCCCUCAUGAAGACCCAAAGCGAUGAUGUCCGCUUGAAUUGUGUAGCAUUCUUGACAGUGUUGGCUCUGAGAGGGCUUUUCGGGGCUGCAUAUGCAGUUGAUUUAAACAGCAUGAGUUCAUCCGAAGGAGAUAGCUUUGAGCAAGCAACAGAAGAUGGAAAAGAUGCGAAUCCAAUGAAUAUAUUGUUUACGGAAGCCAUCAAAGGCCCAAUGCUUUCAACAGACAGCCAAGUCCAGAUCAGCACACUUGAUUUACUGUUUCAUUACAUGUCCUCCUGGGAAGGCACUUCAGGCAAAGAAACCCAAUUCCUAGUGGAAGAGAACAUUGCAGAUUAUGUAUUUGAAAUACUAAGAUUGUCAGAAUGCAAGGAUCCAGUGGUCAAAUCUUGUGUUCAGGUACUUGACAUUUUAUCAAAAGCUGAGCAAGCUUUCAAACAGAGGCUUGUUGUUGGGUUUGCAACUUUGGUUCCAGUACUAAAUUACGUAGCUGACAUUCCUUUCCAUCCAGUUCAAAAUCAGACAUUAAAACUCAUUCUGAACUGCAUAUCUGAUUGCCCUGGAAUGGUAUCCUCCUCUCAUAUAACAGAGUUAGUACCUGUUCUAGCAAAGAUGCUUAAAAAACAUUCUGAUGGGGAGAUAGGCAUGCUUGAGGAGACAUUUAUAUUGACCUGCUCCGUUGUUGUAGCUAUCGUCAGAACUCCAUCUGUUCAUGGGAAUUUGAAUCUACAAAUUUCAAUUAAAGAAGCAAUGCAACAUGCUGUAUCAGCUUGUCUAAGUAUCUCGGAGAAGAAUCCUUGUAAACUUUUGCAUUCCUUGUUCCUACUUAAGGAGGUGUAUAAUAUUUAUAGUCGUGAAGGAAAUUCUACUGACUCCACUAAAGCGGAACUACGACAAUUUAUUGUGAAUGUAUGUACAAAACAUUUGUUACCUUGGCUUGGAACCAACUUCAAUGAAAUGGAUGAGGAAACCGUCCUUGGAGUAUUGGAAACAUUUCAUUCGAUACUGCUUCAGGAUUCCAAUAAUCAGGCAGUAGAACUCGCAGAGAACCUAGUUUCGAGCAGUUGGUUCAGUUUGUCUUUUGGAUGCCUGGGUUUAUUUCCCACAGAAAAGAUGAAAUGGAGGGUGUAUCUGAUGCUCAGUUCACUGGUAGAUGUUCUUGUGGGAAAUGAUUCUGGGCAACCUAUUAGAGAUGCUACUUUAUGUCUCCCAUCUGAUCCCAUUGAUUUGCUCUUUCUACUUGGGCAAAAGAACUCCCGUAAUCUGGAAUUAUCUUCUUGCCAAUCUGCCAUUUUGCUGAUUUUAUACACCAGUUCUUUAUAUGAUGAAAGACUUGCAGAUGAUAAGUUGGUUUUAGCUUCUCUAGAGCAAUAUAUUCUGGUCAACAGUAGUGAUCUCCAAGCUGGAUCCACUGAUCCAUCUACAUUGAUGAGGCUAGUUUAUCUUUAUGGUCUUUAUAGGGGUCUCGCCAAGGUUAGCUACCAAAUCCCCUACAGUCCAGAAGCUGAGAGAAUCCUGUUCAAGAUAUUAAAUGAAAACGAAUGGGAUUUGCCUUCUGCAAGAAUUCAUCCAAUAUCAUUGAAGUGGUUGUUUCAACAAGAGAAGCUCAGCACUCCACUGUCAUAUCAGCUUCUGAAAUUUUGUGGAAAGAAUAUAGGAAAUGGCAUCAUUGUCCAUGGAAAGAAUAGUCAUAUGGUAAAUAUUAGUUCAAUUGCAGAAUUAAUAGCAGAAGGAGAUAAUCAUGGAGCAACACUUUUGGUGUCCUUAUUGACACAACUUCUCGAGAAAGAAGGGCAUGAGCAUGACAUAAUUUCUGUAGUGCAUCUCGUGGGAACUAUUAUAGAUAUAUUUCCAAUUGCUUCUGACCAGUUAUGCUUGCAUGGUAUUGGGAGUGCUCUCCGGAAUCUUUUCUGCGAAUCAACUUAUACACAGUCCCCACAGAUAUCCACACCCGUUUUAGUUUUAAUUUUCAAAAUUUUAUGCUCAGUGCACCAUGGAACUCUUUCUGAUGAUGAAUGUUGGCUUGCAGUGACUAUGAAGUUGAUAAAUAUUAUCACCACAAGAGCUGCAGACGGGUGGAAUCAAGAAUGUCUCAUAAUAACUGGCAUUCUUUGUUUAAUUUUGCACCAUUCUUCCAAUGAAGUGCUCAUAGCACCUUCGAAAGCCAUUAUUUUGAGCACUUCUCUAGUCUCUACAAUCAACAGCACAAUUCAUGAAGCAUGUCUAAAAGGACCAGCAUUGGUUGACCACGAUGAGGAAACAAUCUCUGGAGAAGUUUUAAUAUUUGUGCUUCUACUAAACUUCUUCUCCUUAAGAAGUUUGCACACUGUUUUACCAGGGAUUGUGGACUGGACAAAUUUCUUUGAUCCCCCAGAUAGGUUACAGCCGAUUUCCUUUAUCCGGAUAUUCUGCCAUGACCUAUGCAGACUAGUACAUUUUGGAUCACCUUUGGUCAAACUUGUUGCCUCAUACUGCCUAUUGGAGUUGUUUACCCGAAUAUCUGAUCAGAGGAAUAGAACAGGGGAGGAGUUGGUAUGCACCAUGGACUACCUAAUGUCUGUAAUGGCUGUCCUGGAAGGAUUAAUUUUCUACAGUGACCUCAGAGUGGCUACGAAUUGUGGCCUCUGCCUAUCAAUGAUCUUGGGUUGGGGAUUGCCGGGAAUGCAAGGAACAAUUGUGAUUACAAAGAAUCAUUGGAGUAGGAUGAUUGUGGAAGAGCUGGCAAUGUCUUUAGCAGUCCCAUGCUUAGCAUCAAAAUCUUUCAUUAAUCUUCACAAGCCUGCAAUUCAUGUGGCAGUCACACUGUUAAAGCUGCCGAAGGUUCCUGAGUGGAUGAGAUCGGUGUUUGAUGUUUCUUGCAUAUCUGGCAUCAUUCAAAACUUUGCAGCAAAUAAUUUGAGCACAGAGAUUGUACUUUUAUUUCGAGCUCUAUUGGACUCCGAGUACUUAAAGGCGGAACAAAUUUGUAGUGUAAAUCAGCUGCUCCAGGCCUGCAGAAAACAGAAGUACACUGACAACAGUCAAGAUGAAAGUGCAAAAGAGCAUAAAAAAAAGGCAGUCGCCAUCCUGGACGACAUGGGAGAAGGUUGUGAGUAUCUCAUUCACUUGAUGUCAUCCGAGUCUUGUCUAGACAGGGAUUCUGGGGGAUUAAAUUUCGGGGAUAAGAGAUUGUUAGAAGAAAUAGAGCUUUUCUUUAAAACUUCAACACGUUUAAGUCGGCUCUUGUUGGUAAUACGGGGAAUGCUAAGACCCAACUUCUUUAAGCUUAAUGUGGAUGGCUCUAGGAAGACAACUUCAGGUUUUAUUGGAGCAGGGGGAGUUUGUAGAGAUUUUCAUGGAGACUGGACCUCCGGGUUUGCUGUUAAUCGUGGAAAAGGCCAAAUUCUUGAGGAAGAAGUUAGGGGGCUCUUCUUUGGUCUGCAACUGGCCUUGGAAAAAGGUAAUAGGGAUUUAAUCAUUGAAAUGGACUCCGCUGUCGCUGUGAACCUUUGCCUGCAGCCUUCUCUACUUGGUUUGCACCCUUUGGCAGCCUUGGUUCAUAGCUGCUGUGAACUGAUGAGAAAAAUUGGUCAUUGCACCCUCACCCAUGUGUGUAGAGAGAAGAAUGGAGUUGCUGACUGCUUUGCCAGAUGGAGCUAUAACUUGGAUAAAAUCUACACAACAUAA